AUGUUAACGUGGUGGCUGGAGGCCUACCCAUGCAGCAAUGCGAGAGCCACCACCAUCAUUCACCUCAUGACCCGAGAAUUCCUGCAUUGGUGGGGCUAUCCACAAUCGGCUUUGACCGAUAACGGCAGCCAAUUCAUCAGCAAGCAAUGGAAGGACUGGUGCACUCGAAUGAGAAUACAACACCACACCACACCAGCUUACCACCCCAGAGCCAACCCCACCGAGCGCAGGAAUCAGGAUCUGAAGAUUCAGUUCCGCCUUCGACUAGGCCAUGACCACACACAAUGGGAACAACACAUCGCCGACGCCCUGUUCUGCACACAUCGUUGCGUGAACGCAGCGACCGGCCAAACACCAGCCGAGAUGGUGCAGGGGAGCAACCUGCCACUCCCAGGCGAGUGGGCCACGCACGGAACACCACCACCCGACCAAGGUGUGGGAGACCGCGACCAGUGCAGGUCCACGAUGCACGAGGACGCACGACGAUGA